UGUUGUGGGCUGGGACAGGGCAGCGAGGGGCUCAGCGUGGUGCCGCCGUGCUCCAGGCAGCCCGGGUACAGGGGGGAAGGGGGCGAUGGGCAGGCAGCCCCGGCUGCACUGGGCCGUGCCCGCGCUCCAGCCCGGCGCGGUGGUGGUCAGCAGCGCGUGCCUGGCCACACGUGACGAUGAGACAUCUGGGCACCUCCGGUAACAGCUCCGUCCUCGCCACCCUUUCCUGUGUCCCACCAGAGCUUCAGCCCCGUGGGUCUGCACGACGCCAAGGGCCGUGGAAGGUGCCGCAGCUGGGGCCAGGCCAGUGCCCGGGAGGGACGCCAGGAGCCCUGGCCUGCAGCUGUGCCCCCUCCCGUGCUGCCCAUCCCUGCUGAUGCAAUCCUGAGCUCCCGGUUUCGCCCCAGUUGCAGCAGCACUUGGGAUUAGCGCUCCUGCAAGGCUGGGAGGUGGGCGGGCAGAAAGCUCAUCCCAGGGGCUCGUCACCACCCCAAGCCUCACGGUUGUUUAAUCCUUCACCCAUUAACUUGGACUAAUAAACCCUGGGGGAGCGAGAGGCUAAAAGCCGUGCCAGCUGGGCAGAGCUUCCUCUCUGAGCACAGCUCCUGCGGCCCCGCCAUGGCGGCCGGGUUCUUCAUCAGCAAGGCCGUGGGCAUCGUGGGCAUCGUGCUGGCCCUGGGGGCUGUGGCCACCAUCAUCGCGCUGUCCGUGGUGUAUGCCCAGGAGAAGAACAAGUCGUCAGGCUCUGGCGGUGACACCGUCACCACCACCACCACCUCCUUGGCUCCCACCACCACCGCUGCCCCCAACAACCCCUGGAACCGGUGGCGGCUGCCAACGACGCUGAAGCCCGAGCUCUACGAGGUGACCCUGCAGCCCUUCCUGAAGCCCGAUAACAACAACAUGUACAUCUUCAAGGGCAACAGCAGCGUGACCUUUCUCUGCGAGGAAGCCACCGACCUCAUCAUCAUCCACAGCAAGAAGCUGAACUACACCAUGCAGGGGAAUUUCCACACCUCGCUGCAGCUGGUGAACGGCUCUGACGUACCCAGCAUCAGCCAGACCUGGCUGGAGACCACCACCCAGUACCUGGUGGUGCGGUUGACCUCCCCGCUGCAGAAGGGGCAGCGCUACAGGCUCUUCAGCAUCUUCACGGGGGAGCUGGCUGACGACCUGGCGGGCUUCUACCGCAGCGAAUACAUGGAAGGAAACGUCACCAAGGUCGUGGCCACCACCCAGAUGCAGGCACCCGAUGCGCGGAAAGCCUUCCCCUGCUUCGAUGAGCCGGCCAUGAAAGCCAACUUCACAGUCACGCUGAUCCACCCCUCCGACCACAAGGCGAUUUCCAACAUGCCCGCCGAGAGUACCCAGCAGGUGCAGAUAGAAGGCGAGAGCUGGAACGUCACUAAAUUCUUGACCACCCCCAAGAUGUCCACCUACCUGCUGGCCUUCAUCGUCAGCCAGUUUGACUAUGUGUACAACGACUCGGGGAAGGUGCUGAUCCGCAUCUGGGGCCGCCCCCAGGCCAUUGCCGAGGGCCAAGGCGCCUACGCGCUCCAGGUGACUGGGCCUAUCCUCAGCUUCUUCGAGCAGCACUACAACACGGCGUACCCGCUGCCCAAGUCCGACCAGGUCGGCCUCCCCGACUUCAACGCGGGUGCAAUGGAGAACUGGGGGCUGGUGACCUACCGGGAGAACUCGCUGCUCUUUGACAACGUCUACUCCUCCAUUGGCAACAAGGAGCGGGUGGUGACUGUCAUUGCCCAUGAACUGGCUCACCAGUGGUUUGGGAACCUGGUGACGCUGCGGUGGUGGAACGACCUGUGGCUGAACGAGGGCUUUGCCUCCUAUGUGGAAUAUCUGGGUGCCGACUCAGCGGAGCCCACCUGGAACAUCAAAGACCUGAUGGUGCUGAACGAAGUCUACACAGUGAUGGCGACCGACGCCCUGACCACAUCCCACCCGCUCUCCUUCCGCGAGGAUGAGAUCAACACCCCGGCCCAGAUCAGCGAGGUCUUCGACAGCAUCGCCUACAGCAAGGGAGCGUCGGUGCUGCGGAUGCUCUCCGACUUCCUCACCGAGGACGUGUUCAAGGAGGGGUUGCAGUCCUACCUCCAUACCUACUCCUAUGGAAACACCAUCUACACAGACCUGUGGGAGCACUUGCAACAGGCUGUCAACAAGAACAACGUCUUGCUGCCCGGCAGUAUCGGCACCAUCAUGGACCGCUGGACUCUGCAGAUGGGCUUCCCCGUGGUGACCGUCAACACGCUCAGUGGCAGAAUCCAGCAGAGCCACUUCCUUCUGGACCCUGCCUCCAAGGUGGAGAGACCCUCCGAGUUCAACUACACCUGGAUUGUCCCCAUCACCUGGAUGACAUCCAAAACGAGCGGCAGCAGGUACUGGCUGGUAGACGUCUCAGACACCAACGCCACCUUCAAGGUGGACAGCCCCGACUGGCUCCUGCUGAACCUCAACGUCAGCGGCUAUUUCCGCGUCAACUACAACCAGGAGAACUGGGACCAGCUCCUCCAGCAGCUCUCCAGAAACCACCUGGCCAUCCCUGUGAUCAACCGGGCGCAGAUUAUCGACGAUGCUUUUAACCUGGCCAGGGCCAAGCACAUCGACGUGACGCUGGCCUUGAACACCACGCAGUUCCUGAGCAAGGAGACGGAGUACAUGCCCUGGCAGGCGGCGCUCAGCAACCUGCAGUACUUCCAGCUGAUGUUCGACCGCAGCGAGGUGUUCGGGGUGAUGAAGAAAUACAUCCAGAAGCAGGUGGAGCCCCUCUUCGAAUACUACAGGAACAUCACCGGCAACUGGAGCACAGUCCCCAGUGGCCUGAUGGACCAGUACAAUGAGAUCAAUGCCAUCAGCACAGCCUGCUCCUACGGCGUCCCUGAGUGCCAGGAGCUGGCCACCAGUCUCUUCAAAAAGUGGCAGAAUAACUCCACCGUCAACCCCAUCACCGCGAACCUGCGCUCCGCCAUCUACUGCAGCGCGGUGGCCACGGGCGGCCAGGAGGCCUGGGACUUCAUGUGGGACAGGUUCCGUGAGGCCACCGUCGUGUCCGAGGCCGACAAGAUCCGCACGGCUCUCGCCUGCAGCACUGAGACCUGGAUCCUCCAGCGGUACCUGCAGUACACCAUCGACCCCACCAAGAUCCGCAAGCAGGAUGCCACCUCCACCAUCAACAGCAUCGCCAGCAACGUGGUGGGGCAGCCCCUGGCCUGGGACUUCAUCCGCAGCAACUGGAAGCUUCUUUUUGGCCAGUACGGGGGUGGCUCCUUCUCCUUCUCCCGCCUGAUCCUAUCGGUGACCCAGCGGUUCUCCACGGAGUUUGAGCUGCAGCAGCUGGAGCAGUUCAAGGCAGACAACCAGGACGUCGGCUUCGGGUCGGGUACUCGCGCCCUGGAGCAGGCGCUGGAGAGGACAAAGACCAACAUCAACUGGGUGAAGGAGAACAAAGAUUCUGUGCUGGCCUGGUUCACGGCAAACUCCAGCUAACCGCGCCUGGCCCUGCACACCUUCCUGCCGUGGGACAGCCGUGGGGCUCGGCACGGCGCUCCUGCACCCGCUGCUCUCGGCGGCCACACUGGACACUCGCCCGCUCCGGCCCCCUCCUGCGCCCACCCCGAAGCGCUUCUGCCCGCGCCCCCGGGGGCAGCCCGCCCGCAUCCCUGCUGGUGAUGGGAAGGGGCCGCUGCCCCCGGCAGCGCCUGGCUCCCGAAUGAUGGGCAGGGAUGGGCGAGGGCAGGGGCUUGUGCCAGGCCGGAGCUCUUGUAAAUAAAGGGACGCACGGGA